UCUCCCUACACGGCUGUUUUCCCAUCUUCCUUUGUGCAGUUUUCCUUUUUUUCUUCUUCUUCUUCCCUUUCUUUCUUUUCAUAAGGGGGUGGCGCAUAAACUCGACGGAAACAGCGCGAGCCCGUAUAGCAGCAGGGAAUUGUCCCUUCCCGUUACUACUACACCCCACCCAAAGGGAUGUUUCUUUGCGGAAGAGAAAGGAGGAAAGAGUUGAGGGUAACUUUCUCUGUCGUCAUGUGGGUAGAACCAAACUAGGCCUUCCGCUAGACUGCUAAGAAAGCCGCAGAAAGCGGUAGAAAAUCCGAUCCUCUUCCACCACAUGGAUGAAGAAUAACGUCACCGUCUACAGAGAAUUUCCAGAACUUGAACUGAAGCAUCAGCCAACAACCGUCUCGCAGUCUUCCUCAUAAGCCUUCCACUGUUCGACGUCACGCCCUCGCUAUGAGCGGACUGGCGGGGAAGCUGGACCCUCGCAGGAUACAGUGGGGCGCAGCAUGGAACACCUUCACGUCGCGCGUGCUGAGGACCAAACCCGUGGAGUCCAUGCUGGAUUCGGCCGUGUCUGGCACCAGCUCACACGGCACCAGACUGGCCCGGGUGUUGUCCACGGUGGAUCUGGUGUCGCUCGGUGUGGGCAGCUGCGUCGGGACGGGGAUGUAUGUGGUCUCGGGGCUUGUUGCCAAGGAGAUGGCUGGCCCUGGGGUCAUUGUGUCCUUCAUUAUCGCAGCUGUGGCAUCCAUACUUUCAGGAGUGUGUUAUGCUGAGUUUGGAGUGCGUGUGCCUAAGACCACAGGUUCUGCCUACACAUACAGCUACGUAACCGUGGGAGAGUGCGUGGCUUUUUUCAUCGGCUGGAACUUAAUCCUGGAGUAUCUGAUCGGCACGGCGGCGGGGGCGUCGGCUCUCAGCAGCAUGGCGGACUCUCUGGCCAAUCACAGCAUCAGCAACUUCAUGAUUUCACAUAUUGGCACACUCAACGGCUUGGGUAAAGGGGAGCAGUCAUACCCAGAUCUGCUGGCCCUUCUGAUAGCCUUGCUGGUGACAGUGAUCGUGGCUUUGGGAGUGAAGAACUCUGUUGGCUUCAACAAUGCACUGAACAUCAUCAACCUGAUCGUGUGGGUUCUCAUGAUGAUUGCUGGGCUGUUCUUUGUCAACGGAGAGAACUGGGAUGAAGGGAGAUUCCUACCCUUUGGCUGGUCAGGGGUGAUGCAGGGUGCAGCCACCUGCUUCUAUGCCUUCAUUGGGUUUGACAUCAUCGCUACAACAGGAGAAGAGGCCAAAAGCCCCAACACCUCCAUCCCCUACGCCAUCACUGCCUCACUCAUCACCUGCCUCACUGCCUAUGUCUCUGUCUCUGUGAUACUGACGCUUAUGGUCCCAUACAAUGAAAUCGACACAGAUGCCCCGCUGAUGGAGAUGUUUUCCCUGCAUGGCUGCAUGUUUGCAAAAUACAUAGUUGCUGUGGGGUCCAUAGCUGGACUCACUGUGUCCCUCCUGGGGUCCCUGUUCCCCAUGCCAAGGGUCAUCUAUGCUAUGGCAGGGGAUGGUCUUCUGUUUAAGUUCUUGGCCAACGUUUCUUCAUACACGGAGACCCCUGCUGUGGCCUGUGUAGUGUCUGGGUUUCUGGCUGCCCUUCUGUCCCUUCUGGUCAGCCUCAGAGACCUGAUAGAGAUGAUGUCAAUUGGCACCUUGCUGGCCUACACUCUAGUGAGCCUUUGCGUGCUCCUCUUGCGUUACCAACCCGAGGGCGACAUCCACGGCUUUGUAAACUUUCUCUCUGAGGAGCAGAACAAGAAGAAAAAGGAAGGCAUUCUGGCUGAGUGCGAGAAAGACGCUUGCUCGCCGACCAGCGAGGCCGACGAGUACGGAGGGCAGACCACCAACACCUGCGGGGCCAAAAACCUGCCAUCGCUUGGCGACAACGAGAUGCUGAUUGGGAAACCGGAUAAAAAUACGUACAGCGCCAGCCAUCCCAACUACGGCACAGUGGAUAUGACUACCGGCAUCGAAGCAGAGGAGUCAGAAGGAGGGAUGUCUCGACGGCUCAAGAAGCUGAUCGGACCUCACUACUACACCUUGCGAAUCCGUCUAGGCCUCCCUGGAAAAAUGGACAGGCCAACUCCGGUCACGGGGAAAACCGUCACCGUGUGUGUGCUACUGCUGUUCGUCUUGUUCUUCGCUUUCUGCUCCUUCAUCAUUUUUGGAGCAAACUUUAUCACAGAGGGUCAUUGGUGGGCCUUGCUGCUACUUAUCUUCCUCAUCAUCUUCAUUGCCCUGCUGAUCGUCAUUAUCCUCCAGCAGCCAGAAAACCCUAAGCGGCUGCCUUACAUGGCACCCUGCGUGCCGUUCGUACCUGCUUCAGCCAUGCUGGUCAACAUCUACCUCAUGCUUAAGCUAUCUGCCAUCACCUGGAUUCGAUUUUCAAUCUGGUGCCUCAUUGGUGUGCUUAUCUACUUCGGCUACGGCAUGUGGAACAGCACUCUGGAGAUCACGGCCAGAGAAAACGAGGUGCAUGCCUCCACCUACCAGCGCUACGAUCAAGGCGUGGACGAAGGCUUCUGCGGCUUUGACGACGAUUUCUACCCGCCCACCACUGACGCCUGGGGCGCACCCGGUGGGGAUUUAGAGGCGACUCCACCUCCAAAGGCGAAACCCGAAAGUGAUGGGCUUUCAUCAAAGGGUGGAGGCAGAACCAUUGCUAACAAUGGCCUUGCGGAGGAGGAUCCCAUGGACUUCUGAAGGGACUGACUUCUGUGUUACAUUGAAUGUACUGCCUUGUCUGCUGCCUGGGGGAGGGGGAGGGAGCCGUGUGUGAGUGCAUGACUGAUUGCGGGCGUGCCAGUGUGUUUGCAUGCUUGUAUUUGUUUUAUGUGUCAAACCCCCCGGGCUAGAUGGUUUUUGGUUAGUAGAACGGUUUGUCUUUUACCUUAGUCGACUUCGCUUGGGAUGCUGCCCCCACACAAAUGUGGACAUAAAUGUCUUCACGCUUUCACAGAUCCAGACUCUUUAGUCAACUUCCCAAACAAAGGAGGGCAUGUGAGAAAAGUGUGAACAAAGUGAGAGAUUUGUGCUUUGCUGACAAAGUGCAGAAUUGACAUACUGUACUGAGCAACUUAACUGUUUAGCCAAGAACUUUGGCACAGAAGAGAAAAGAAGGGUGAUGAGAGGGUCGUAAGAUGAGUCAGCAACUGUCUUCCUGUUCCAGCACAGGCAGACAGACAGGAAACUAUAAUGGCAGUAGAAUCAACACAAAGGCCUUCCGAUGGCAAAGUCUGAAUUUAUCUGUUUUCAGCUUUUGUAGAAAAACCUGAAUAAUUUGUCUAAAACACAUUCUUAGUCCUAAAUUGAACAUCUAGCCUGAGGGGUUUCCUCCGGGGAUUUGGGGCAAAGGGUGUCGAUGUUUUCUGUGACGACUAGUACUUGGACUUUGCUUGUAAUAGUGCCUUCAUCAACUAUGUGUGUUUUUCUGGUCGUGUCAGUUCUCUACUUUGACUUUUUUUUUUCUUUUCUGGCCUGUGUAAGUGUGCGUUCUGUUGUACUGUGCCUUGCAAAAGUAUUCACAAACCCUGAACUUUCCAUACUUUGAUAUGUUCCAAUUACAGGCUUCACCCUAUUUCAUUUGGAUUUUAAGUGACAGAGAAUUUGUUGUCAAACCAAUCUACUGCAGCUCUGGCUGGGAUUGUUGGAAAAUCUGGGAUUGCUGGGGAGUCUUUCCCCUCUGUUUUAUGUUUUUGGAAUCCUUCAACAGGUUCACUUUCAGGUUUCCUUUUUUAACUCCACCCACUGCCCUUCAACUCUUUCUAGCUUAUGUGCUCCGCUAAAGAAAAUCAUUUUUGCUGCCACCAACAUUAUUCACCAUGGGCGGGUGGAGCGGCAGAGGGGUGUUCACACAUUUUGACCUCAUCUGACCAAGCCAUCUUCCACAUGUUUGGUGUGUCUCCUAAGGCUGAUGGCAAACUGCAAAUGGGACUUCCUAGUGCUUAGUACUUCUCGCCACUUUUCCCUAAAGGCCAGAUUUGUGGACUUCUCAGCUAAUAGUUGUCAUUUGAGCAGAUUCUUAUUCCUGAGGUGUGGGUCUCUGCAACUCCUUCAUUUUUGCCAUGGGCCUCUUGGCUGCUUCUCUGAUAAUACUCCCCUGCUAGGUUAGGUUUGUGGCCAAGUCUUCAAAUGUUUGCAUUUGUGUCAUUCUUCCCAUUUUUGAACAAUGGAAUCUUUGUGUAAUCUUUAAAUGCUUAAGUCAUUCCUACAACUUCAUUUCUGCCCUGCCUGGCAUUUUUCUUGCUCUUCAUGAUGCUGUUUGUUCUCUAAUGUUUCCUGAUGACGUACUGCUUUGUAUUUGUCUAUCAUUCAAAUUCUCAAUACAAUACAGAAGGUGGAAGUUUACAAAAUGUUAAAAAAGAAAAGUGUACAUACUUUUACAAGGCAUUGUACAGUAAGUGCACUCAAACUUGAGUUUUAUGUGAAUUUCUCUGUGUUUGCACUCAGUGGGCUCUUCAGAAUUUUAAUUUUCAAAAUACGUUUUAUUAUUCCCUCGCAUGGAAGUGAAAUCAACCCACCUGCUACCAAAAACAAAAUGUGCAACGUGAAUUGCCAAUCAAGUUGUAGAGAUUAGAGAAUAGGUUGAAUCCUAGUUGGCAACUUGCAGUGUUUUCCGUGUGCUUUUGUAUUCGAGCGUAUGAGGUUCUUUCUCUAUGUCAGACCUGUAAGUAAUUCAUUCUCUCUUUUGGCUAACUUUUCUAUUGGUGAGGAGAAAAGAGAAACUGAAAUCGAAUCCUUCCUAUUUAUACAAUCUCUUCUCUCCUUUGCUUUAUCUUUGCAAAUUUCCAUCUGACGUUUUCUUCUCCAGCCCAGCUCUUUCAUCUUUCAUUUACUAUCUUACUCCCCUCUUGAUAUCAAUCGGGCCACGUCAGCAGAAAGUAACCUCUCCGAGUCGCGAGUAAUAGGCCACCAAAGAUUGGUUUGCACUCUGGAAAUGUAACAGCAAUCUGCUUAUGGUCUGUCGAUUCGCUCGCUACGUUUUGAUUUAAUAGUCUCUGCUAUCUGUCAUCUGAUUCGUAACCAGCACUUAUUUUGCUGCUGGCGGUUCAGCUCUAGUGUUGUCCCAGACUACAGUAAAUGGACUACACUUUUACUCCUGUGCUUUUUCAAUUUUUAUGUAUGUUGCAUAUACAGACAAUUGUCUCAACGUCCCAAAGAGAUUUAAUUAUUGCAUUCAAAAUGUGGGCUUGUUGUUGCAGUUAAAAAAUAAAAGACAAGCACUUGUUGGAGAAAGAGCUUUAUAUGGAAAAAAAAGAAAAAAAAGAAAAAGGCAUUGAGAAACAUAUGCAGAGAUAUUUCUUUAUACAGUAAGUGGGAUUUUUACAAACAACCAAAUAGCACACUGUUAUGCUAUGAGACUGGGGGUAGGGGAUGCUCCUUCAAUUGCUUCUGGUGCUGCUGUCUGCCCCGAUUGUUGCCCCUCUACAUUUUCCUUGCGCGCCCCUGUUGCUGCAUUGGUCCCUUUCAGGGAAGCCUUAUUUGUCUAAUGCACUAAAUCUAAGGAUGCCACGCUAAAUCCCUCCCACCUGCCCUCCCCCUCCCCUUACCGUAAUCAUCGAAAGCUUGAAAAACAAAAAUAAUUUCUUUGCGGUUUUGGAAAUGUUAAAGUAACGUACUUAUGCAAAUGAAGACAUCUUUGUGUUUCAUGAACUUACUGUCAUAUUUAGGGCCAGGGCUUGAACAUCACAAUGAUCUGGUUUAUCGCAAGGACUGAAUGUUCUCAACCAUUUUCCUUUUCAAAGAAAAUUAAAAUUUAGCAGUCAAAGCUGUAUAUAGCUGUAAAAUACCACCAGUUAUCUAGCUUUAAGCAAGUUUGCGUCAGAAAUGAACAUAUUCAAAAAUCAUGAAGAGUUAGCAACUAUCCCUGUUCUGCAAGUGUUGGCAUUUGCACACAUUGAAACAUGCAGUUUCUUGUCUUUUAUAUCUCUAAGCUAGAGGUGGUGAUAUAACAAUGUCAAAUUGUGAAGAAUUAGAAUUUAGCAUUGUAGUACCAAAAGCGUCACUUCUAGAGGCUUUUGUUCUAUAUUGUUGGAAAAAAGCGAAUGUCUACAGUUUAUUAAACUAUCAGGAAAAAAACCAAUAGAAAUUAAUAGGUGUGCUUCACGAACAGGUGGUGGUAACAUUGACAUUAAAGACUUCGAAGUUUGAAAGAAGAAACGUCUGAGCGGUGGUCUGCAGCGGUCAAAAGCCAAACAAUCUCUCAAAAAUAAUUGCCCGUUGCCCGCUUGAUACUGUUCAUCUUUUAUACUGUCUUCAGCUUCUUCAGCUUACAUCUCAAGGUUAAUGGAAAGAAAACCUGGAUGAAACAGAGCACAUGUAAAAAAAAUAAAAUAAAAUAAAAAAAUAAAACCGUCACUAAAACACAGCUUUACUCAGAAAACAGUUCAAAGGACGCGUGUAUGUUUUAAUAUCUGCCUCAUUUUCUGUUUUGAUCUUCUGGGCUGCCGGGAUAAUAUGCAUUUUGCCAGGAGCCAUUUGAGAAUAUAUAGAUUUUGAUAAUGUUAGAUUACAUGAAAUUGGUAAUGUGAUGAAUUGUGAAUAAUCUGAACCCGAUUCAGUUUGUGUUCAGACCGAACCCACUAAUCAUGAUAUAAUAUUUGUGUACCACUACAUCACAACUGAGUAGAAAAAGUGCUUUUUUAUUUCAGUGGUGUCGCUUUUGUCUUUGAAAUUAAGUUUUAUGGUAAACUGAAAAAUAUCUUUGUAGUAAUGUUCUCUUGUCUAAAUGUUUUGUUUUUCUUUAACUGCAUUUGCGUGGAAAAUCUUUCCUCUUGAUUUUACUAUUAAAAAAUCGUAUGACAUUUUGACUAUAUCAUCCAGCCCUUUGCUCAGCUGGAAUAUCUUACAUGACCAUAUCAGUUUCCUCCCGUCUCUGUUCAAAACUUUCAAAAGCUUUAUAGUCACAGCCCAGCCAAAACAAACAUGCAGAUUCAUUUGAUUCCGUGUCUCAGAUUCUGGACUGUACAGUCAUCUUUUUUCUUCAUUUAUUUAUUUUUUGGUCUGUAUAUUUGAAUCAAAGACUUUGUGAACACAUGUGCAGUGCAGACGUAUGUAACUGUGUUCUGACGUCCGCUCAUGGUCCACGCCUGCGCCUAAAUGUGACUGUCUGGUGAAUGUCCAGCAUGUUUUUUGUGCACAAGGUUCAGUUUCUAAAUAUUGUACUUGCAUGUGGUUAUGGAUCUCAACAGGACAUGAUAGAGAUUUGGCAAAACCAAAUUCAGGCUUAGUUCUUCUCUACCUUGGAGCCCUGGUUUGUUUAAUUCAGGGGAUGAAAUAGGUAGUUUUUAUUGGAGUUUGUUUUGUUUAUUUAAUUUUUUUUUUAUUUCGCUACCAAAAGCACUGCCUAGGAUGUUUCUCUUGUUCAUUCUAAUAAUCUCUCUCUUUUUAAAUAUAUAUUUAGAUUUAUUCCAACCUAAAAUUCAUUCACUCCACUAUGCAUGGAAAUUAUGUCUCCAUUUGACAGAUUUUAGCAAACAGUCUGAUUUCCUGACUGACUUCCUUCACACCCUUUCUCAUUCAUCUAUAAAAUGCCUAACACACUAAAACCUGCUGGGUUUAAAAACAGACCAAUUAGGGUUAAUUUGCCAAGUCAAUUAUGGUAAAAAAAAAAAAAAAAAAAAAAAACAUGGACCAACUCAC